GGUUCCGUGCUAAUUUAAUGUUUAUCAGUUCCCUUCGUGUUCUUUUCGCUGGAAUUCUUCACUGAGUUGUGAAUGUUACGCCCGAAUCCAUCACUAUUUUCUCCUAACAUCUUCUAUUUGUUUACAAUGUACCCAGUUCAUUGAUAAGCGUAUUUUUGCAUUUUAUUAAUAUUUCACUUCAAAAAUUGGAAAUUUUAAGUUGCCCUUGAUCCCUGUGUGAUUAAUUUCAUCCCAUUGAAGCUUUUCCGUUACAUCGGGUUUGGUGGCUCCGCCAGCCGUUUUCUAUUUUUUCAUUUCUGUCUGAGAGGAUGUUUUGUGAUGAAGCAGAGGAGACAGACUGAAAAAGAGAAUGACUGAGGCUUUAUCCUCCUCAUCAGCAGGUGAGCGGAGAUUAAAGGAGUUGGAGGCUCUGUUUCUUGGAGGGCCUAUUCAAGGUCGAGGUCAAUGUUUCAGUAUUGAAACGCUCCUCGACAUCCUUCUUGUACUUUAUGAUGAAUGCACUAACUCCUCUCUGCGCCGAGAGAAAACGGUCUCUGAAUUCAUUGAAUUUGUCAAACCGGUAGCAACAUGUGUAAAAAACCUAAGACUCUCCCGAGAUGAUUUUGAGAUGGUAAAAGUCAUUGGGAGGGGUGCUUUUGGAGAAGUGUUUGUGGUGCGGAUGAAAGGAUCUGAAAAAGUCUUUGCCAUGAAAAUAUUGAACAAGUGGGAAAUGCUGAGGAGAGCAGAAAUUGCAUGUUUUCAAGAAGAACGAGAUGUCCUAGUGUAUGGGGAUAGGAGAUGGAUCACUAACUUGCACUAUGCAUUUCAAGAUGAAGCAAACUUGUAUCUUGUCAUGGAUUAUUAUUGCGGAGGAGAUCUCCUAACCUUACUCAGCAAAUUUGAAGAUAGACUGCCUGAAGACAUGGCUAGGUUUUAUAUUGCAGAAAUGGUCCUUGCAAUUUCAUCAGUUCAUGAUCUAAGAUAUGUACAUCGGGAUAUUAAACCUGAUAAUGUACUCUUGGAUGCCAAUGGGCACAUCAGAUUGGCAGAUUUUGGCUCUUGCUUAAAACUGAGCGAAGAUGGAACUGUUCAAAGUAAUGUUGCGGUUGGAACUCCUGAUUACAUUUCUCCAGAAAUCCUGAGGGCAAUGGAAGAUGGUCAAGGUAGAUAUGGACCGGAAUGUGAUUGGUGGUCACUUGGAGUGUGCAUGUACGAAAUGUUGUACGGAGAAACUCCCUUUUAUGCAGAAUCAUUGGUAGAAACAUAUGGAAAAAUUAUGAAUCAUAAGAAUUGUUUUGAUUUUCCAUCUGAUUUACCGGUGGAAGUAACAAAUGAUGCCAAAGAUCUUAUGAAAAGACUGAUUUGUAGUGCAGAGUAUAGGCUAGGUCAAAAUGGAGUGGAGGACUUCAAGAAUCAUGCCUGGUUCCUGGGGAUUGACUGGUCCUCACUACGGGACAGCACAGCUCCCUACUUACCUGAGGUAUCCAGUCCAACUGACACUAGUAAUUUCGAUGUUGAUGAUAUGGAUAUCCGAACAUCAGACUCUGUUCCGCCCACUGCCUCUAAUCCUGCUUUUACGGGUCUUCAUCUACCUUUUGUUGGUUUUACUUUCACCCAAGGAAGUCGAGUGGGUGAUCUAGGUUGUAUUACAUUCAGUGAUUCUAACAUACGAAUGUCAGCUGGUGGUAAACGAAUGAGACUUCACGAGGAUCAAUUAGAUUGUAAAGCAGAGCCACUGAACAACGCCAGGAAAAUCUCUCCAACCUCAGAAAGCACCGGAACAAAUUUGAGGAAACUACAGGAUGAAAUAAAUACUCUAACCAAGAGGAACUGUGAGCUAGAAAGUGAACUCCAGGAUUUGGAAGGCCAUGAGCGUGUACGAGAACUAGAAAAACUAAUGCGAUUGUUGAAACAAGAAAAAGAAGAAGUCAACAAAGAAAAAGUAGAAGUUGAAGAAAAACUGAAGUUACAAGAAAAAGAGCUGAAAGAUGCCGUCAGUCAGAAAAAAAUUGCUAUGGCUGAAUAUUCAGAAGUAUCCGACAAAUUAUCCGACUUGCGGCAACAGAAGCAAAAACUGUCAAGAAUCGUGAGAGAUAAAGAAGAAGAACUGGAGCAAGCCAUGCAAAAAAUAGACUCAUUGCGUCAAGAUAUGCGGAGAGGUGAGAAGUUACGUCGUGAGCUGGAGGCUCGGAUAGACGAAGCCAUGCAAGAAGCUACCAAAGAAAGGAAGUUACGUGAGCGUAGUGAAGAGUAUUGCAAUCAGUUGAAGGCCGAGUGGAAGCAACUAAAAGAACGGAGAGACACAGGAAGUGGAGAUGGAUCCAGUGCUAUAUCACAGCAUAACAUUCAGGAAAUCAAUAGAUUAAAAACUGAAUUGGAAACUCUAGAAGUUGAAUACAGUGAUAACUUGUCACAACAACAGGCUAGACAUAGAGAAGAAAUUAAUAAUUUAAGGGAGCAACUUCUUGAGGCUGAAGCACGAAAGGAAGUCUUAGAAAAAGAGGUUGCUGCUGCUAAAGAGAAACUGGAUACAGCUCGCUUAGAAAGUAUAACAGAAAAUGAAGAAGCUCUCGCUACUUUAGCUCGUAGGCAUGAUUCGGAAAAAAUGCGUUUGCUUGAGGAAAAUAAACGGCUUGCCCUAGAUGUAGAUACUUUAAAUGCUGGUCGCUUGCAAGAAACAGAAAUGGGCAACAAGAAAGAGAGCAUUGCUCAGUGGGAAGCUCAAAUCUCAGAAAUCAUUCAGUGGGUCAAUGAUGAGAAGGAUGCAAGGGGAUAUUUGCAAGCGCUUGCAACUAAAAUGACUGAAGAAUUGGAAUAUUUGAAGCACACGGCAGUGUCUACUAAUACUGUGGACAAAAGUUGGCGAAAUCGAAGAAGUCAAAAACUUGAAAAAAUGGAGUUGUUAAAUCUGCAGAGUAGUCUUCAGUCAGAAAUUCAAGCCAAACAAACUAUUGGAGACGAACUGAGCAGAACGCGAGCAGAAUUAAUCGCCGCCCAGAAAGAAUUGAGAGAAUUUCAUCAAAGGUUUGAUAAUUUAGUUGUUGAUGUGAAAAGGAAAGAAAUUCAGCUAAAGGAACUACAAGCCCGGUUAGAUUCUGGAGAAGGAUUUGAGAGAAAAAAUCUCGUUUUAGAAAGACCUGGAUCUCAAAUGUCAUACCUAGAUCAUUUUUUGAAGGAGUCCUCUGUAACACGACAGCUCCGAGACUCCAUCACAAGCGAAGAGGGUAACCUAGAUGACAACCAAACUCUAUCUGUUGCAAGUAGUAAGACAAAUCUUUCGGAUAUGAACAUGGAGCAAUCAAGUCUGAAACUUCAGCCUAGAGUAUUAAGUAGCAACAUGAUGAUUGCUAAGUCGCAUCAGUUUCUCAUCAGGACUUUCUCUGCUCCGACAAAAUGCAAUCACUGUACGUCUUUAAUGAUCGGGCUAACUCGACAAGGGGUCGUUUGUGAAGUCUGUGGUUUUGCUUGCCAUACUACCUGUUGUGAUAAAGUACCUAUAGCCUGUCCAGUUCCUCCUGAUCAAACAAAGCGACCUCUUGGCAUUGAUCCAACCCGUGGUAUUGGAACUGCCUAUGAAGGCUAUGUCAAAGUACCCCGAGCAGGCGGUGUCAAAAAAGGAUGGGUUCGCCAGUUUGUUGUUGUUUGUGAUUUCAAACUCUUUUUGUACGACAUAUCAGCGGACAGGAAUGCCUUACCGUCAGUGCAAGUUUCUCAAGUGCUUGAUAUGAGGGAUGAACAUUUUUCAGUCUCUUCAGUCCGCGAGUCAGAUGUAAUUCAUGCCAUGAAAAAAGAUAUACCGUGUAUUUUUAGAAUAACAACUUCUUUACUAGAGCCAAGUGAAUUGCAAAAUCAUACGCUGAUGUUAGCCGAUACUGAAAGUGAAAAAAGCAAGUGGGUCGUAGCAUUAAGUGAAUUGCAUCGCAUUUUGAAAAGGAAUAAUUUACCAAAUACCACAGUGUUCAAAGCUAAACAAGUCAUGGACAGUACUCUUAGAGCUGUGAUGUCUGGUGCCAUAGUGGAUCCGGAUCGUCUAGUCAUUGGCACAGAGGAUGGACUCUUCUGUCUUGAUUUGGACCACUCAGAGAUGGCACGAGUUGGUGAAGGAAAGAAAGUUUUCGAAAUGGAGUACAUAGAAAAGGAGCAACUUUUGCUUGUACUCAGUGGAAAACAAAGACAUGUUCGACUGAUACCAGUCAGAGCAUUAGAUGGUGAUGAAGUAGAGUGGAUCAAAGUUACCGAAAGUAAAGGUUGCAUCACUUUUGCUGUUGGUCAGUUGUCAAGAAAUGUUCACUGCUUGUGUGUUGCAAUAAAAAGACAGAAUACAUCGCAGAUAAUAAUCUAUGAAAUAACGCGGACUCGUCAAAGGCACAAAAGAAUGAGGGAAGUUAUGAUCCCAACUCAGGUCCAGACAGUGCAGGUUCUCUCAGAAGCAAGGCUGUGUGUCGGAUAUCAAUCCGGUUUUUCAAUUUACAAUAUUUCUGGUGACCAUUUGGCUAUGCCACUGAUUGGAACUGAUAAUCCUGUUGCUAGUUUCCUAUCGUACUCAAAUUCAGAAGCUCUGAAAUGUAUAGAACUCCCUCGUGGUGAAUUCCUUCUUGUCUUCCAAACACUUGGUAUUUAUGUUGACUCUCAGGGUCGAAAAUCUCGUGAUAAAGAAAUCAUGUAUCCUGCAUACCCUAUUGCAGUCAGUUACAGUGAUGGAUAUCUUCUUGUCUUCAGUGAAAUCCAUGUCGAUGUGUUCAAUGUUGAGACAGGAGACUGGGUUCAGACUCUCAACACCAAAAGGGCUCUGCCACUUGACACUCACGGCUCUCUUGCAAUAUGCCUUGUCAAUGAUUUAACUCACCUAAUCUAUCUCCACAAUUUGCACCAGCGGGAGCUGCUGAACCUAACGACUUUCGAUGCAAGCGGGCGUGAAAUACCAAGAACCCGAAGAAGAUUCUCUUUGCGUGAAGGAAACCGUGCUUCACGGGCUCCUGACAGGAGAUCUAAAAUGAUAUCAGCACCAAGUAACUUUAACCACAUCAGUCAUAUGGGUCCUGGUGAUGGUAUACAGGUACAGCGUCUUCUGGAUUUACCCACCACAAUUGAAACCGCUGAUAAUGCUCCAUCACCUUAUCCCAAAGUCUUACAUGCUCCUCCAGUGCCAUUGAAAAUGAGUCACCCUCCUCCGAGACACCCCCCACCUAGAAUACCCAUGCAUCCUCCCCAUAAUGGUUCCUCAAUUAGGAGAGCACCUGCUCCACCUCGACCCACUCCUGACAGCGUAUCAUUGUAUCACGACUUUAAAGAUCAAAAUACGAGCCCUCGCCACUCUAUUGCCUCAAAUAAUAGCAGUAACCCGAGCACUCCUCCUAGCCCUGGUCGAGAUUCUAGUUGCGAUAGUUAGACAUAGAUUUGUUUAGUUUCUGAAAUUCAAUUCAAAUAAACCAAGUUUUUGCCAUACAAUGGAGGUUUCUUGUGGAUUCCAAGAGUCAUUUUUGGAGAUUUACAGCUGGUUUGAUCAAACUACGUGUCUCAUCAACCGUUAGAUUAUAAGGGUUUAUUUUUAAUCCUACUUCAAUCCUUAAUUGUUAAACCUCAAGAGGUCCCCUGUCAUCUGUUGUGAUAUGAAUCGAUUUUUUCAGUAUGUUCUCCUUCAGAAAUAGCCUCUGAACCAAUUACAUGCAUGUAGUUUCUUUUUGAAGGAAAGUUUGCAACAAUUGCAAAUCCAGAUGUACGAUUUAAAGGUUUUCAAAUAGUUAAAGUUAAAAAUUACAUUUUGAAGAAAAAACAAUAGAGUUUGGUGGAUUAUGCAGAACAAAGAUGCAUUACCUCUCAGUUCUUUUUAAUGAAGAAUUUAUUAAUUUUACAGAUUAUUAAAACAAUUAGAUGCAAAACCUUUUAAAUUAAAUACAGUUUAUAUCAAGUUUUCUUUGCCCAUAGGAAUGGAUAAUCUCAGUUGCAUAAUUUUCCCAAAGGUAUCUAAAGAGAACUGAUAUUUCUAGAGUGUGUCUGCAAUCAAUUAUGUGUCCUUAUAUUUCAAUUAAUGGAAACAUGAAAGCGUGAUUUUCAUCAUUGUUAAUAAUGAGCACCCAAGUGCAUUACUGAGUUAGAGCUCCAAGGCUGUAGCUUUUACUACAUCCAAUAAUUUAGGGGAGAGGUGUGAACUUUUUUCCAUGUCCAAAGCAGUGCACUUAAGGAGGCUCCAAGAUAACACAUUUUUAUUUAGCCUGAUUAAUGAGGAGCCAGUGCAGCAGGCCCUUUAAGUAUUUCAUUCUUGGAUCCAUUCUUGGACUUUUAGUAUAGAACCAUCUUUGCAGAUUGAAUUGUUCUUCCAUUUAAUGUUGUAUCCUAACACUGAAUCUAAUUGUGAAAUAAUUAGAAAAUGAAUCAAGUAUUCUUAAAAGUUUUUAUGUUCAACCAUCGAUUGUGCAUAAUAUGUAUGUUUUCAAGACCAAAGAUUCUAGCGCUUAGUUAGGAGAUGAUUGUGCUCUUUUUUAGACUUUAAAAUUGAAAGAAUAAAAUUUGAUGAAUUUUAAUAAAUUUAUUACCAUGUAUAACCAAAUCUAUAUUAGAAGUAAAUGUCAUGAAAUGGCAGGAAUUUAUAAUAUUCUCACUUCUUACAGCAAAAUUGUUCUGAACUUUGGAUAAUACGUAGCACUAAUAGGCAUUUUUCUCUCUUGUUCCCAUUAAGUCCUGAAGAGAAUUCAAAUCCUGCGGUAUUUAUACUGUUUCUGUUAUAUUCAACUACUUUCCAUUGUCGUAGAGGAGAUUCAAAACAUUGAAUCAAUAUUUGAGGUUGACUAACAAGAUAAGCUGCUUUUAAUGCUUUGUACCGUGAAGUUGAAGUUUGUUGUCUCGCGAAUGUCUCUUCUGGGGCCGAAUUUUGUUGGCAAGUUUGCGAUGCGCACUAAGUUGAGGCAAAAAUGUUGACUUUGUUAUUCGAUUGCUGAUUAAUGGUUUGCACACUUGAGGAACGAAGGAUUGUUCGAUCCUGCUGUAGAAAAGUGCCUCACUUGCUUUUAGCUUGAAUUUAGAACAUAAUUUUCCCGAAUUUUAAUAGAUUUUAAAAGUUAGGUUCUGCAGCUUGCAGUCGAUGUAGCCAUCGAAAUUCGAGCCCUCAAUGGCAGCAAGAGAAAUCUGUAGAAGAAGCUAAUUACUUUAUUUCAAGAGGUUUUCAUUGUUUUUUAGACCAUUAAUUAAGUAUUUAAACAAUGCCAACCAUGGAAUGAAUUACAAGAGAAGUAAUGGAAAUUUAAAAUGAUAGUUGCAUGAAGAAUUGUACACUUCGAUUUAUGUUGUAUCCUGUCUUAAUUCUAAAGAAGCAGUUUUACCAUCAUAUCAAGAGGUCGUAAUAUACCAUCUUUAUUCCCUGCUUUUCUUUAGUUUUUAGGAAAAAUCCUCUGUCCUAUCACUUUUGUUUGUAUUAAUACUCCCUAGACCUUUUUUGAAGUUGUUAAUUGAUAAGUAUGACAAACUAUUUAACCCAUUUCAUUUCUUGAUUUUUUCUUUCUUUCUUUUUAAAGAGAAUUUAGAAAAUAAUUGGGCUCCAUGUGUCCUCUUUAAUGUUUAAAAUGUUGUCAAAAUGAAGACCUGCCAUUCAUGAUCUGCAAUUGAACCACCUAUUUAUCUUCAGAAAUGUUUAUGUUUACCCUUGUAUUGAGGUAUCGUUUUUUUAGUUAAUCAAUUCUAUUUCAGUGCUCAGCACCAACGAUGAAACUAUGUCAAGUGGAAUUCAUUUCAAACAACUGCUGAAAGUGAGACAUUUUCUUUUCUUCGUUGAAAUUAAAUGAACACUCCUUUCUGCAACUGAUUGAGACGAUGAACACUCUAAUUCUAUAGACUAAUCCUUUUUUUCUAUAAUUUAUUUUUAUGUAUACUAGUUAGAAGAAUUUCUUUUCUUUUUAUUAAUCAUGAGAAGCUCUCUCUCUUGUUUAAAGUUUUAGAUAUUCUUUAUUGAAUAAAUGCGCAUCAUUUGUUCUAUGUUUUUUUCUUUUUCUCUAGUUUUGCAAAAAAAGUGGUGAAAACUGAAAAAACUAAUUAAAGUUUUUGGAUGAAACUUGUUACUGAUUAAAUCAUCCUGUAAAAACGCUUGUAGAUAGAAGCUUUGUAUAUUGCUUCAAUUUUUUUUUACAGUUUUUUUAAAAGAAAAUCACCUACAUAAUUAGAACUGUCAAAAGCUCUAUUGACCAAAAAUUCACAACUUUGGUGUAAGUCUAAAUUUCAAUUAUGUUUUAAAAUUUUUAGGAACUGCCAUUUUAAAAUUUUUAGAUUGCCAUGAUGACAUGUGAAACCUGGAUAAAUCGUCAAAGAAUCUCUCUACAUGUGUGAGUCAUCUUAAAGUCUUAUCAAACCCCAUUGUCUAUGUUCUCUUCAAACAUAAAUAACGAAUAGAUUUUGUCAAUGUUUCAAGAAGAUACAGCAAUCAGUGGAGCUGGUUUUUGUAAAAUAUAAAGGAUCCGUCCUUUAUACAAGGUUAAAAGUUUAAUCCAGUAUUUUCUUUUUUAUCUCUCUAUUGGUCAAAACUCUCUGUUAGAUUUUGGUCGGUAUUUGAUGCCACCUCAAUUAACAUGUAGCCUGUGCAAUUAUGAUUCAUCAACUCUGUAUGUUGUACUAAAGGGCUAAGAACUUGUAUCAAAUAAGUUGGCAGUUGUUUAUUUUCCGUAUGUGAGCGGCCGAACUGCCGUUGUCUAAUAGCAAUCAAGAAUUGACCGUACGCACCGCUAUAUCAAGCGCAGCCUCUAGAAUCGGUCUACUGCGCAUAACGGUCAAAACUAAAGAACUGCCAACUUCUCUGACAGGAGAUCUAGUCUUUUACUAAAACUAAAAUGUGAAAUAAAUUUUACAGAGAAAAUAAACUACUGACUUCAAUCAUGACUUUGAAUUUUAAUCGAUUUGUAUAUAUGUACUGUAUUUUUUAAUUGAAUCAUUUGAUAAAAUUGAUAAUUUUUUACUCCUGUUUUUAUCCUUUUCAAUUAUUUCUGUCAGUAGACCUGUAAAUUUUCUCAAGAAAAUGUUUGCAAUGCUUACACUGUGUUACUUUUCAUCUACAUAAAUUUACCAAAGAUCUUAUUAAAUAUGUAUUUAUUCUUAUCAACGCCAAUGACCAACAUCUCAUGCAUCCAUUUGCAGUUAUUUUUUACGCUAAAAUGAUUCUUAAUUUUAGAAUCUAAUUUCAACAAAUCAUAAAAACUGUAACUGCUCUCAUCUCCACUGUUUUUAGAAACCAUGAAGUUUCAAACUUAAUGAAAUGCUCAACCUAUUGUUAACAAUUUUACAAAUAAUAUAUUUUCCUCCCAUUGAAUUUUCUUAUACCACAAAAGUUUUUUAAUUUUGUAUUUUACUCUGCCGUCAAAAAUUUAUGGAACUCAAGAAUUUUGAAGAGUUUGUUUUUAAUUGAAAUGUGGAAUAUUGUGAGUAUCUUAUAUGUCAAUUUUUCCAAAUAAGACUUUUCUGUAACUUUUAAUUUGGUGAGUUGUGACUUCUACACAUCAGUAGGGAACAUAGGAGAAAACCUUGUGGGAGCCCAGACUUUUUGAAUUAUCAGCCAGAACAUAGCAAUGGCCAAAGUGUGAAACCAUGCAUCUCCAUCGCGGUGUUUCAAAAUUUUAAUUUUUCGGAAAAAAACAUGCCAACUUCAGAGCUGGAAAUUUAUCCAGAAUAUUCCGCUAAUAGAUAAAGAGAAUCAAAGAAGUUUUCAAGACAUCAUAUUGACUAGUUUUCCAAAGAAAAAAUGAAGUAUGACAGGAAGUCUGUAGUAUUGCAAACGAAGCUAUGUGGUUUCGCUUUUUGGCCAUUAACACACAAUGUACGCCUAUACUAUAGUCAGUUUUAGACCUAAUUUUAUUCGAAAAAGAUGAUCAUGCCACAUCUCUUAAAAUAUAUAAUUUUUUGUCAUUUUCAAUAUGAUUUCAAAGGAGUCAAUGCUGCAAACUUUUGAUGAUGAAAACUAUUGUGAAAGCAAUAAGACAUGUCUCCCUAUUUUAAACUGAACAGAUUUUUAAAGAAUUAGUGCAAAUGUACCCAGGGUUCUAUUUUAAAAGUAGAAUAUCCAUCUGAAGACUGUUAGUAGUAGACAAUAAACUUUGAUUAGACUAACAAAAAUCUUGGAAAUUUUGCGAUAAGCUCUUUCGGUUUUUGUCAUAAUCUCAUUAUUUAUGUCGUGUAUCAAGCUUUUUUGCUUACAAUAGAUUUUUGAAACCUUGAAAAAAUGAUUUUUAAUUGUGUAGAAGGAUAUUGUUUUACGUUUUUCAUUCAGCUCAUUUGUAUCCUCAGUUGGUGAAGUAAUGAGUUUGAUUGUAGUCAGAGGUGGUUGUAUGCCUUGUUGAAAUCAAUGAUUAUGACACUUUUCUGCAGCUGUUACAAAGAUUAGUAAAUGAUACAUUGGUAGAUGCAAAUGUCUCCCCAGCUCAAAUACCGAUACUUUCUUGAAGAAAGCCCAUAAAAGGAAGAAAAUCGAUUUAAUUUAGAUACUUAGACUAUUUCUGAAAACUUUAGCAGUGUCUGAAACUUAAUGAUUGUAUAACUGACUUCAAAUACCAUCAGAUUGUUUGACAGAAUAAUCUUGGUUAUUCUGCCAUUCAUGUUGCAUAAUGUGUACCCCUUGAUCCUGAUAAGCAUUUAAUAUUCUAUGCUGUACUCUUGUUACUCGCCUUUUUACUUUCCCACUUUUUUUCUCACAUCGAUAGUCAUUACCUACUGUAGUCUAUUUAAUAGUCGUUUUUUUCUUUUCCUUGAUUUUAAUAUUCACUAUCUAUGUUUCCUCUUUUUUAAUUUUUUAUUUCUGUUUUCACCUUUAUGAAGAUUGACAAUAUAGUUAAAUAUAUAUGAUACUCUUCCUAGAUGGC